CAGCUGUGUGCAUUACCUUCAAACUGGCGUGAAGUCUUGUAAUCCUUUUUUUAAUUGGUUUUAAACACACAUAAUAUUAUUAUUAGUUGUAAAACAGUCAUGUAUCGGCUGCUGUGUUCAUCAAGGGGCCUCAAAUGCACACAAUGCAAAUACAAUGCGGAAACAUCCGAGCGCUUCGUGUCUUUGUUUACUUCUAGAUUGAAGUACAGAGAUCACUUAAUGAUGCGAAGAUUUAUGUCAACACCCAGAAGAUCCGACUUCUCCAACAACAGACAGUCCUUAUGGUUACUGGGCAUCGGGACAGGUUUCGUUCUGGCUCUGGGUCUGAAAUAUGCUGAUUUUGUGUCCGAACGCUGUGAGUGUGACGUGCAGAAAACAAACAGAACUCAUACUGACAUAAAGUACACAAGUGCUAUACAAGUCAGCAGAGACCUGAUACAGCGGAUAAAGGUACAGGAUGAAGUUGGAGCUCCAGGGAUAGUUGUUGGUGUUUCUGUUGAUGGCAGUCCAGUCUGGUGUGAAGGGGUUGGCUAUGCAGAUUUGGAGAACAGAGUACCUUGUGGUCCAGAAACAGUUAUGAGAAUCGCCAGCAUCAGUAAACCUCUGACCGCAGCAGCCAUCGCUCGACUUUGGGAGGAGGGCAAGAUAAAUCUCGAUGCCCCUGUGCAAAAAUAUGUCCCCGAGUUCCCCGAAAAACAAUUUGAGGGAGAAAAAGUCACAAUAACAUCUCGAAUGCUGCUGUCUCACUUGAGUGGCAUCCGUCACUACGAAAAAGACGCUAAGAAAGUGAGAGAGGACAAAGAGAAAGCAAAGCGUCUUCUGAAGCCCCCAGAGAAGAAAGACCAGAAGGACACUGGCGAAAACAAAGAGAAGCCACGAACGGAGGACAGCAGCGCUAAAAGUAAAGAGGCCAAAGGACGGCAGAGGAUAAAAGAGAUUGAGCAGAAGGAGUACUACCUCAAAGAGAGCUUUGAGAAUGUCAUCCAGGCUUUGGACUUAUUCAAAGACGAUCCUUUGAUUUUUAAACCCGGGACUACAUUCCUUUAUUCCACACACGCCUUUACACUGCUGAGCACUGUGGUGGAGAGAGCAGCCGGUCAGCGCUUCCUCGACCACAUGAUGAUGAUGUUCCGUGAGCUGGGCAUGCUCAACACCGUUCCGGAUGAGAACGACCCCAUCAUCUACAACCGCUCAAGAUUCUACCAUCUAAAUAAGAAAGGUCGUAUUGUAAACUGCCCCUACGUAGACAAUUCAUACAAAUGGGCCGGAGGUGGGUUUCUGUCCACUGUUGGGGACCUUCUGGUCUUUGGAAACGCUUUGCUCUACAGUUAUCAGAUUGCAGAACUGAAGAACGCAGACGGACUGCUACCUGGCUUCCUCAAACCCCGGACGGCCCAAGCCAUGUGGGCGCCGGUGGACAAAACGGAGGCAUCGUGGGAUAAAGACGGAACGUACGCCCAGGGCUGGCUGGUCGUAGAGAAGCUGCAGAAAUACGGCCAGUGCCGCAAUCGCAGACAUUACGUCUCGCACACAGGGGGCGCUGUGGGGGCCAGUAGUGUUUUACUGGUGUUACCCGGAGAGAGCUCACCGGGUGUGGAUGGGAAGCGUUGCCCUCCACAAGGUGUGGUGGUGACCAUCAUCACCAACAUGCAGUCAGUCGGGCUCAAUACCACCGCUCUGAAGAUCGCCCAGGAGUUCGACAGCGCCAGGGACAAAUAAAAUUACGACUGAUUGUUAAAGUUUGCACUUACACUGCAGUAUUUGUGUGUCUCGUGGGGUGUUCCUAUGUUUACAAUGCUGAGGUGUUGCCAUGCCUCCGUUUUUAUUGCACUGUUGUGCCAAGUGAUCAUUUUGAUAGAUACAUACGUGAUCUUUCUAAUACGUUUAAUAAAUGUACAAUGAAAAUCA